AUGCACCAGAAGCAUCCAAAAUCCUUAAUCACUGAUGGGGACGCAUCGAUGAUGACAGCUAUUGAGAUUGUCAUGCCUGAUGCAGAUCACAGAUUGUGGAGUUGGCACAUAGAGCAGAACAUGCUGAAACGGUUCCGUGGUUCGAAGCUCAAGGAUUUCAGGAAGUUCAUAUACCAUGCAAUGGAGGAGGGUGAAUUUGAUAGGCUUUGGAGAGAGUUUAGAGGUACCCAUAAUAUCAAAGAAGAUAACCUAUGGGAUGUAUUGGACAGUCUAGAAUUUGCAAGGGGGAGUGCAGAUUCAACAUGGGGCUCUGUUCGUGCUGCAAUGGGGCACCCUGAACCAUUCCCAGUGAAAUAUGUUGCAAUUGGAAAUGAAGAUUGUGGGAAAAAAUUUUACCGCGGUAAUUACCUCAAGUUCUACAAUGCUAUAAGGCAGGCCUAUCCAGAUAUUCAAAUGAUUUCAAACUGUGAUGGUUCAUCUAGACCACUUGAUCAUCCUGCUGAUUUAUACGACUUCCAUGUCUAUACCGAUUCUAAAACUUUGUUUAACAUGAGGAACACCUUUGACAGAACAUCUCGUAGUGGACUGAAGGCUUUUGUGAGUGAGUACGCUGUUUGGAGAAGUGAUGCGGGUAGAGGAAGUCUUCUUGCUUCAUUGGCAGAAGCUGCUUUCCUUACCGGGCUGGAGAUGAACAGUGACAUUGUUCAUAUGGCAAGUUACACUCCACUGUUUGUAAAUGACAACGACAGAACAUGGAACCCAGAUGCUAUCGUCUUCAACUCGUGGCAACAUUAUGGAACUCCUAGUUACUGGAUGCAGACGCUGUUCCGUGAGUCCAGCGGUGCUAUGAUUCAUCCAAUUACAGUCAGUUCUAGCUACUCUGGUUCGCUCGCAGCAUCUGCAAUUACUUGGCAGGAUUCAGAGAACAGCUUCCUAAGAGUAAAGGUUGUAAACUUUGGAUCAGAUGCUGUUAGCCUCACAAUUUCCACAAGUGGACUUCAGGCUAGUGUUAAUGCUCUGGGAUCAACCUCCACUGUCCUCACAUCCGGGAAUGUGAUGGAUGAAAAUUAA